AUGAUCCAUGCAAUCGAUUCAGCCAUUCGGCCUGGCGUUCCUGUCGAAGACUUUCUCUCUUUGGCUUCCCUCUGUGAUUGCGGUCUUCUCACAUCCCGUAGGGCUUUCUCCUUGCACAAAUGCCAGACUUGUCCACACCGCCACGGUCAAAUCAUGCCCCAGCUUACUCUGGCAGAAGUUCUGACCGGGAUUGACUCUAUUCUGAAACCUGGUGUCCCUGUCAAAGAAUUCUUACAUGUCGUUGCGCAAUGUGCUUGCGGCAUGCUUGUCAAUUCUUUGCGCAUGCUUGCCAAGCAUCCUGAAGGAUUUGGUGGCAAUAAGUUCCGAGUCAACACCCUUUAUGAAUCAAAGCACAAAAACUACUACUAG